CUCCACACAAAUAACACCUCUCAGUUGACCUACAUUAAUAAGAUGGCUGCCAGAGAAAUGCCAAACGAACCGGCGCGUCAAUUGUUAGCAGUAGGUGAAGAUGUUCAAGCAAAUUUUGAUGCCAUUGCCAACAGAACGGAAAUCACUGAAGUCGCAAGAAUACUUCGCUCCAUUGGCGACUCGUUAAACACCAAAGCGACAGUGGAAUACCACCAAAAGCAAAGACACAGCCAAACUAGCCGGCUAAAUCGGUUCAUACAAGUGGUUGAUGCCACUUUAGAAUGGCUGGAACACAGCGGACAAACGUAUGGGCAAAAGCAAGAGCAAGUUCUGCGGGCUCUGUAUAAUUUAACAGGUAGGCGCCCGAAUAAUUUGUGAAAUAGCCACUUGAGUAUAUUGUCCAUAUUUUGUCGCUGUAAAAGCUAAGAUCAGUGUAUGCUGUAAAUAUUUGUUGUAUUAUACUGUCUAUAGAAUAUUGUUUUAAAUUUUAAAGAAUUAUAGAAACAUUUCAGACAAUACGGCAAAGCAAAGCAAUUAGCAAUCCGCGUCCCCAGUUCAUGUUACCAGCGUGUAUCUUCAUCACGUACGUCAUCUUACAAUGAAUUUGCUUGGUUCGUGAGAUGGGGGCACCAAUUAACUAUGGGCAAACAGACGGAUUAAAAGCCUGUUUUCCACUUCAAUCGUAACGUACUGUAGCAUUCUCUUUUGUGUCGAAGUCAUUAGUUCUACACUACCGCUCAGGAAACAAAGAAAUACGCUACGUUUCGGUACGAUUGAAUUGGAAAACUGGUUUUAAUCCCAUGAAGAACAGGGAAUAGGAAAUAUUGCCCGGGGGAAAUUUGGAAAAGGAACUAUUUCCCCCCCUCCCCCCUACUUAUGUAUAGGUAUAUAUUCGAUCUUGACCAGGGGUUGAAAUGACUGCGGGGGUGGAGGGGUGUGGGGGGAUAUAUUAAUUAGUGGUUCAAAUGACUCGGCAACAUUUCACUUACCCCACCCCCCCCCUCACCUAUUAAAAUAGGGAUAGCACUUCCUCUGAAUGACCGGGCGUCAAUUCGCCAAUUUUUUCGACUGGCAACCGAUAUUUGCCAAAGGUAGCCCUUAGAGAAAAAUCUCAAAUAAAUUAAUUCUUAAGACUUCAAAUAUCUCAGUAUCUCGAGUAUUUCAUCCCGCUUUUUCGUAUAAUUUCUCGGCAUAUCAAAUAUAAACAACAAACAUCUAUUUUCAAAGAGAAUAUAAAGAAGCUUCAUUACACAUUGAUAUAGGGAGACCUGAUAUUAAAUUUGGCGACCAGAUUUUAUUCACUUGGGCGACUAAUUUUUUUAAAAAUUUCAACCCCUGAUCUUGACGCACGAUGCAUCUUUUUCUUUACCUCAUAUAGAGCUUGGCAACCACGCGCAUCUUUUUGCCAUGAUGGAGUUGGCCUGUGCGUGGCUAAACACACCUGAGGAUCCGUUUCCCGGUCAACGUCAAUAUAUUGUCCAAUGCCUUGAAGAUGUCAAACUGCAACAGGAACAAAUUAUCUCUUUGGUGGAACAAGCCAGUGGUCUGAUGAACGAAAUCCUGCAACACGAAGAAGUUGAUUAUUUGAAGGGGAGACAGUUUGACAACGUUGUCAGAGAAGCUAGGGUCCUCAUUGAAUCGUGUAAACGUCGGCUCAAUGGCGCCGAGCAAGCAAUUACUGAGCUUUCACAAAAAAUGAGCUCAGUGAAAUUGGCCUCGCGUGCUUUACGUGCAACAGGUAUAUAUGUGCGUGUGUCUGUCUGUCUUGACAAUUAUCAAACCAAGAGUCCUUACCGAAGCUGGAAGCGGACCAUCACAUGUUAAAGGAGAAAUUGGAAGAUUUUCGAGUAAGCCUGCAAGCGCUAAAGAUCACAGAGAUGGACUCUAAGGACAAAUAUGGACGAGGACAAUGACCAACCCCCAAGUCCGACUCUGAAAUAUUCCCAGAAAACGGAGUAAAAGAGAAGUAGUGGCGAAAACGCAGAUGGGAGUAGAGCCUUUCCUACUGAGAUAUUUUGGGUAUUUUGCUCGAUAGAACAACAAUUGCAUGAAGCCAGGGUUUCUGUAGUUGGAAAUUUCGAGGGCGGAGAUUAUAAGUAUUAUUUGCAACUUGAGCGGCCGCGUUGUGUGUCCGAUACAAGGCUUGGACGCGAAUGUUGUAAGUGGCUUGUGAAACUCGUCUUGAUGAGAACAUUCGUAUUCUUCAACAAUUUGAAAUAAAUAAAUGAUAUUUGGUGAGAAAAUUGAACUUAAAGUUUACGUAAAUCAACAUGAUUUUGUAUCAGAUAUACAAACUCCUUCACGGUCGUGAUUUCUUUUGUGGUUUCUUCAUGAAUUAUUAAUGAGUUUCACACACAAUUUUAACCUAACCAGGAGUGUAUAUAGUCUGUUGUGACGCAGGCUAAACCAGGAGCCAUUCUUAAUUAUUCAGGAAUUUUAAAAUUGUAUAUAAUCUUCCGCUCAAAAUUUCCUUCUACAAAAACCCUUCAACUAUCAGCCUUUCCUACUGCCUUUCAUUUUCCUCUAGUAUUCCUUAUUACUCACAAAUAAAAAAACAAGUUUUGUCAAAAUAUUUGAGAGAUUUGAGCUGAGAAUUCGGGUUGAUAACAUAGCCCAUGCCCCCCCCCCCCCCCCUAGGAUGUCUUAGUUUGAUUUAAUGAAAGGUGUCACAUUAGAAUUGAUGAGAGUUGAGAAGCGAAAGUUUGCAUGAGAUUUUCUCAACUCUCUUGUCCCGGUCAAAAGAGAACAAGAGUUGCACGAAAAUUGAUGAGAGUUUUACUGGAUAGCGAAAAUAAAAAUAUUCUCUCUCAUCAGAACUCUAUACUCGUUUGACCGGAGGUUUAAGAGCCUAAAGUCAUUUAAGACAUUAUUUAGAGUUGGCGAUUGCCCCACUGCACCCAUUUCAAAGAGAGCCUGUUCGCAGGCUACACUGUUCCAGAUUAACUGAACACUGUGCUAUGACGUCAGUGUGGGAAUAACUGGCUUGGGUUGAUCGCUUACGAUCGAAAAGGACCCUCGAUCGUCUAUAGCAAGGAAUAUUUUUUCCAUGUGAAUAGCAAUUGGUGUGUUUUGGCGAAAUGCUGAGAAUUAGUUUUUUAGUGGCUCCCUCGUAUUAAUGUGAAACCUUCCACAUAGGGGCAAAAACAAGCAUCGAAUAAGCAUUAGUUUAGAUCGAGAUGGAUACAGGUUUUGUAAUCUUACGUAUGUAAAUAUUUUAUAGUUUGAUAUAUUCUUCUCAUCGUCUUAGAUAAACAUUUAAAAAAAUGUUGCCAUAUACUGAUAAUUAACAAUUUAGUAUCUACCUGUAUCCAUGUUUGUUCAUGUACUAUUCUAAAAUACAUCAUGAUUAUAG